AUGACGGCCUGCGCUCGGUGCGCCGCGUUGCUCGUCGCCUGCUGUGUCGUCGGCGCCGGAUCGCAGGCGCCGCCGCGGCCCAUCCUCGCCGUGAGCGUGUCGCGGUCCGGCGGCGGGACGCUCUGCGACCUCGCCUGCCGGCAGUUCCACGGCGGUCCGGACAUGGACUGCCGGCUCGAGGGCGGCGCGUUCCACUACCUCAAGGCGCUCAAUGGGUCCGUCGCGGACCACAACCUCACUUUCGCGGCGACGGCGCGCGCGAUGGCCGCGGACGCCGCGCUGUGCAACGCGGUCGUCGUCGAGCCCGGGCGGCGGCUCGGGGCCGGCGCGCGGGCCGUGCUCGACGCCGCCGCGGCGGCGCCCGCGGGCGCGAGCCUGUGGACCGCGUACGCGUGGCUGCUCCUGGUCCGCGACCCGAUCAAGCGCUUCGUGUCCUACGCGGCGAAGACGCGAGGCCUCGACCGGCGCCUCGACGCGGCCGGGUUCCGGGCCGCGGUCCGCGGCGGCGGCUCGGAGGGCGACCGGCGCCAGCUCCGCAACUUCGCGACGCGCCACCUCCUGCCCGGCGCGCGCUUCAACGCCACCGCGGACGCGUGCGCGCCGGACGUCCUCGCCGCGGCGCUCGCGGUGCUGCCCCGCUACGCCGCCGUGCUCAAUCUGGCGGACCUGCCCGGCGAGUCGUACUUCGUGCUCGGGGCGGUCGUCGGCCUCGAAGCCGCGGAGCCCCCGCGCGCCGCGGCGCCGGAGACGGCGGCGGCCUACGCGAAGGCGCGGGGCUACGACCUCGACGGCGAAGCGCUGGGCCUCCUCCGCCUCGCGAACCUCUGCGACCUCGAGGUCGUCGCCCGGGCGAACCGCCUCGUCUCGCAGCUCGCGGUCGCGCGCGGCUACGCGCCCCCGAAAGCGCCGGCCGCGGCCGCGCCGCCCGACGCGGACACGGAGGCGUCCGCGGCGGCCGCGCGGUGGGCGGCGGCGGCCGUCGACGCCGUCGAGGACGAGGCGCGGCGCCGCGCGGACGCGCUCUGGGUCGCGUUCAAGCGCGUCGUCGCCGCCUCCAAGGGGUCGUGCGUCAACGUCUGGGACGGCCCGGCGUCGCGGCUCCGGUUCGCGCAGGUGCCCAAGGCGUCGUCGACGGCGACCAUGGCCGUGCUCGCGGCCGCCGAGGCGCCGGGCGUGCUGGCGUACGUGUCGGCCGCGGACCCGGCCGGGCCCGACGCGGGCCGGCGCCUCUGCUACACGUGCCCCUACCGCGCGGCGCCGCCGUGGCCGCCGGGCCGGCCCAAGGUCGCCAUCACGUUCGCCUGGACGCGCGAGCCCACGUUCCGCUUCAUCUCGGGCUACUACACGGAGACGCCCGCGCGGUUCCACGCGUUCGUGUCGGACAUGUUCGCCGCGAGCCGCGAGCGGCUCCUCACGGGCCACCUCGCGCUCCAGGCGCCCGUGCUCAAGAGCGUGGGCCAGAACUGCGGCCACCGGUUCGACUACGUCUGGCCCCUCGAGGACGGCACGGCGCCGCUCUGGCGGCUCCUCGAGGCCCGCGUGGGCCUCGCGGGCCUCGCGGCGGCCGCCGAGGCCGCGGGCUUCCACCACAAGCACGACGCCGGCGCCAUCGUCGGCGCGCGGACGGCGGCGGCCCUCGCGGACCAGGACGAGAACACGCAGCGGCGCUUCCGCUACUCGCAGCGCGCGUACGACGCCGCGAACGCCGCGAAGCGCGUCGCCUUCGAGUCCUUCGGCGCCAUCACGCCGGCGACGCUCCCCGAUAGCGUCCAGGCCACGCUCUGCGAGCUCCUCGCCGUCGACUACGCCGCGCUCGGCUACGCGUGGCCGCCGGCGUGCGCCGCGUACGCCGCGACGGUCGCCGCGCGCGACGAGGCGGGCCGCGUCGGCAAGCUCCAGGGGGAGGUCGCCGAGCUCCGCGACGAGGUCGCCCGCUUGACGAAGCUGCUCGCGGAGAAGGCCGUCGACGCGCCGAAGCCGAGCGGCCCGCCGACGAAGCCGAAGCCGCGGCGAUGCAAGGGGAAGGUCUGCUUCUAG